AUGGGUGACUACUACCACCACUUCCUGGCCUCCAUGUCGGGCGCUGGCCAGAACCCGAGCAAGAUCCCACCAGAGGCAUAUCCGUCGCCAUUUUCUGUCGUGCAGUCGUCGUCGUCAUCCAUAGCAGGCCCGGCAACAUCUUCUUCUUACCAGGCACCUGGCUUUCUUGCUGGCAUCCACGAGCCGCUGAUUUUCAAUCCGUCGAAAUCUCACAAAGUACGACGGAAAUCCGCCCCGGGCAUUGAUCAUGUCAAGCAUAGGCGUACUCGAUCUGGGUGCUUCAUGUGUCGGAGCAGGAGAGUCAAGUGUGACGAGACCCGUCCAAUCUGCGAAAGAUGUCGAAAAGGGAAUCGAGAAUGUAUCUAUCCAGAUCCUCCGCCGAGUAAAAGCGCAUCAUCUCAGAGUUCUAGCCUCAAAGAGACGGCAGGGACGGGGGGGACAGUUCCUAUGCAGCGGCCGAGUCCAAGCUCGUCUCUCGAAGUAGACGACUUGGAAGAGGACACCGGGCCGGACGUCGCCUUGGAGACCAUACCGGACCAGGAGGAGGGGGGCUCACAUGACGACACCCUGCCCUCGAAAGGACCCGUCUCCAUGCGGCCUUCCUCGCCGGCGACCUCGGUCGGGACCAGCGUCGGCCACUCGACGAGCACGCCGCCAGCCCCCGAUCUGCCGAAUUUCCAGCCUAGCAGUCGUGCCGACUGGUCUCAUCUGCCCGCGAGCAUGCAGCGCUACAUGGACUACUAUUAUCACAACAUCACACAUCAUCACUACUGUAUCGUCUUCGACGGCGAUGACUUCUUUCGCAACAUGCUUCCGCAGUUGGCUCUCGGGAGCGAAUCCUUGCUGAAUGCGCUGGUGGGCUUCUCCGCCUACCUCUAUACCCUCGAACACAACCCGGACGGCGACAUACACGAGUUUCUCCAAUACUACAACAAGAGUGUCAUCAUGCUUAUAGAAUUCCUGAAGAGGAAAGAAAAGCCCAGUAUACACACUCUCUUCACCAUAUUACAACUUGCCACCAUUGAAGAGUAUCUCGGGGACUGGAUCAACUUAAUGGGCCACCAGAAAGCAGCACACGAGCUCCUCAUAACGCUUUUCACUCCAAAGUCGGCAAUGGAAACUGUGCUGGGCAGAAUGGCAGUAUCAUGGUACGCCCGCUUCGAUGUCUUCAUUGCGAUCAUGGGUGGAUUCCCGACGUCCCUCUCCCACGAAUGGUUCACCGAAUACGUGGACUACUGCCAGACGCAGAUCCUACUGAACGGCGACAACCCCCAACUUCGACUGAAUUGGAAGAUCGACAAAGAGUCCGCCCUCGUGCGUCUCCUCUCGAGAGAGAUGUCCAUGCUGUACGCAAGAGGAAGUCGGGGCCAGAUCUCACCGGAAGCCUUCCAAGCCGAGCACAGCCGCAUCCUGCAGCGUCUUUUGGACUGGAGGGCAGAAUGGGAUCGCGAGCUGGUCGACCCGGCGUUUCUGGUGACCGAUUUCGGCCACGGCGCGCCGCCGCGGGACGAAUCCGACAUUGUCGACCCCUACACCCCCGGGAUCCUCUACAGGGAGCCUCUGUUCCCGACCACGAAACUGAUCGUCGGUUGGAUGUCCAUGGUCAUCAUGCACCUGUGCCAGUCUCCCACUACGGAUCGGGAGAAAUCAUACGCCGAUCUGCGCGACUACUCUUAUAACGUCUGCGCCUGCGUCGAGCUCAUCGAUCGCUGGCCCGGAAGCCCCAAGGGCAGCUUGAUCGCGGCACAAGCUACCACGUCCAUGAGUGCGCUAUUCCUGCCGAAGGAUAAGAAGCACAGCAAUUGGUUUCGUCGCAAAUUCGCCUUGAUCGAAUCGAAGGGAUACAUCCACCCGGCCAACGUACGAGUCAAGAUGGGCGAGAUGUUUCGGGAACCUUCCUGUGCACGAUGGUGGCUACCCAACGAUGAAGGGUACAGUCCCAUCCUCAAGGCCGUGAGAAGCCUCGCCGACGAACGCAAUGCCGCUGCCAUCAAUGCCCAGCAGGAGAACCUCAGGGAAGUGCGCCACAUCUUUGCGAAGCUUGAUAUGAGCGACACAGGAGACGGCUGA